CCUUACGGUAGUGGUACUGAUGCGGGAUGAGUCAGGCUAUAUGAUGCUGCUAUCGCUGCCAUUUCACAACCGGACUACAAAUAAAGGGCAAACAACUUUGUGGUAGUGAGCGUCGACACUGUUAAGAGAGGCCUUGUCUGCACCCCGAAGCUGCCUUUCGUAGCCGCUCUGCGCCCAGACAUAACCGAGGACACAAGUGCUAGCUACAGGGGCCUACUUACCCAUCGUCGCCUCCACCAGGGGUCCAUCAAUCCGGUUAAACGCCUCGGACGCAACAGUUAUGGAGCCUGGGCCGGCUUGCAGGUCCUGAACGACCCAUAGAGAACCAGAUCUUAAUCCCCUGCGUUAACUUCUUCUAGACAAGCAGACAGACCGGUAGAGCGACAGACAGCCAAGUGCCAGAGCCGAGUUAUGGAGGCGAUCUGGCUAUAUCAGUUCCGUCUCAUCGUGAUCGGCGAUUCCACGGUAGGCAAGUCGUGCCUGAUUCGCCGCUUCACCGAAGGCCGCUUCGCCCAGGUGUCGGACCCCACGGUGGGCGUGGACUUCUUCUCUCGACUGGUGGAGAUCGAGCCGGGCAAGCGGAUAAAGCUGCAGAUUUGGGACACAGCGGGCCAGGAACGCUUCAGGUCCAUCACUCGAGCCUACUACCGCAACUCGGUGGGCGGUUUGCUCCUGUUCGACAUCACCAACCGCCGCUCCUUCCAGAACGUGCACGAAUGGCUGGAGGAGGCGCGCAGUCACGUGCAGCCACACAGCAUCGUCUUCUUGCUGGUGGGCCACAAAUGUGACCUGGAGGCACAGCGUCAGGUGAGCCGCCAGGAGGCCGAGAAGCUGGCGGGAGCGUACGGCAUGCGCUACAUCGAGACGUCCGCACGCGACGCCAUCAACGUGGAGCGCGCCUUCACAGAGCUGACCAAAGACAUCUUCGCCCUCGUGCGGUCCGGCGAAAUCACCAUCCAGGAGGGCUGGGAGGGCGUCAAGAGUGGCUUUGUCCCCAAUGUAGUGCACUCAUCCGAGGAGGUGACCAAGAGCGACCGCCGCUGCCUCUGUUGAUGUGGGAAGAGUUUGAACAGGGCGGAGUGGCUGACGGACUGUUUCGGCCAUCUUUGCUGAAGUGGACCGCUGGAGACUUGUGGUCUUUUUUUUUUUUGGACCGCAAUGGUUUUAUUUGAUGGGAAAAGAACGAUCACUUGCUUCUGUGGGUUCAAAGUUUUAAUCAUUUUCCUUCCCCUCUUCAAUCUUCUCCAAUAUGCAAUUCUAUCAUUACAUACAAAAAGUUUAUAACCACCUUUGCCCGGCCUUAUGGACAAGUCAUGAACGUAAAAAAGAAGACAGAAUUAGCAAACUGCUGUUAUUGCCCAUGGAUCGUUCUGCUUCAGUAUCACAUUCUAGCAAAGCAACAUUAACUUCUGGAAGGACCCCUUAAAAGCAGGUGGACCCAAAGGGCACUGACUUUUGAAACUCUGGAGCUAAGAGGCAGCAUAAGCAUCCACAGCCAAAACACCUUGACUUAUCCACAAUGCACGCUUUGAGACAGAAGUGUACCACUAUAUAACCAAGCAAAGCAGGUCCAGUUGGCUUGCGGUCAACAUUCCGGCAAUGGCACGCGAAUGUUGGUUACAUGUGUGGACUUUUAUCUCCUCACGUCACUAACGGACAUGAAGACGAGCCACUAACAUCAGUAAGACCAUAUGCCAUGGUUGUAACCAAAUGUCUAUCGCUUGGAAGACUGUCAAAAAUCUUAUCGCAAGACUAUUCGGUUACAGCUGCAAUAUUUUAUUCACUUACCGCAGAUAGAAUGGGUCUUAACACUUUAUUUUCCAUGCAGCAUAUGCACCUGGUAAUUAAAAGUGGGAUUUGGCAUAUAAUCCUUUAACGUUCUAUUUAAAUAAAACACUGGACCAAAUGCA